AUGUUUAAACAAAGUAAAUUUAGUAGAGAAAAAUUAAAUAAAGAAAAUAAUAAAAAUAACUAUAAUAAUAAUUAUAAUAAUAAUAAUAAAAGAAAUAAAAACUAUAAUAAUGAAUUAGAAAAUGAAAAUGAUUAUAAAAUAUUUAAUGAAGACGAUGAUGGUGAAGGAUUAAGUAAAAAGGUUUUGUUUGAACAAGAUGAUUUAGCAUACAAGAAAAAGCAAGAGUUAAGAAAACAGAGACAGGAUUCAAAUCUAGUAAAGUUUAAUGACAACAAUUCAAAGAAUCAUCAUCAACAACAUAAUAAAGAAGAGGAAGAAACUGCACCAAUUGAAGAUUUUAAUGUCAAUUUAAAACCAAUCGAUUUUUCAAAUUUAUUACCAUUCAAAAAACAAUUUUUAACAAAUCUACAACAACCAAAUAAUAAUAAUAAUAAUAAUGAAAUAGAAUAUAUUAAAGAAACUACAGAAUUUAUUAUAGAAGAAGAAUCAAAUGAUCAAGAUAAUGAAAACAACAAUAAUAAUAAUAAAAAUAAUAGCGAUAAAAUUGAAUAUUUUCCAAAAAAUAUUAAAAUACCAAUUGCAACUACAGGUGAUAAUAGUUUUUUACCAGGUCAAUUAAAAUUGUUUUUUAAGAAAACUGAAUUUAAAGAACCAACAACAUUUCAAAAAUAUGCAUGGCCUGCAAUAUUAUGCGGUAAUGAUAUGAUUGGUACAAGUUUGCCAGGGUCAGGUAAAACAUUAGGUUAUUUAGCACCAAUGAUUCCACAUUGUUUAGCAAGAAUGAAUAGAUCUCAACAACAGAAACAACAAUUUAAAGAUCCAUAUCAAGAGAAAAAGCAAAAGAAUUCAGAUUUAUUGGUUUUAGUAUUGGUACCAACUAGAGAAUUAGGUUUACAAGUUUUUAAUAAUUUUAAAUUAAUCAAUCAGUUGUUUGGUAUCAAGGCAUUAGCAAUUUACGGUGGUAUACCCAAACCACUUCAAAUCGAACAACUUCAACGUGAAAAACCACAAAUUUUAAUUUCAACACCUGGUCGUUUAAUCGAAAUGAUCGAUUUGGGACAUGUUAAUCUUUCAACUAUUACAAUGUUGGUUUUGGAUGAGGCUGAUAAAAUGCUUUCAAAAGGUUUAUUACCACAAUUAAAACAACUCCGUACUCAAAUUAGACCAGAUUCUCAAAAUAUUUUACUCUCUGCUACUUUCCCAGAAUCUAUGAAAGAGGUUGCUAAAGAUUGGAUUAAAGAUCCAUCGAUUCGUUUAAGAAUAGGUUCAUCAGAAUUACCAAAACUCAAUCAUAUAGAACAAACAUGUCAAUUAAUGGCUCACCACAAAAGACCACGUGCUUUAGUCAAGCUUUUAACAGAAAACAAAGAAAUCAAAAGCAACAAAAAAACAAUCAUCUUUUUCAAUAAGAUCAAAGAGUUAAAAAGAAUUUCAAUUAUGCUUUUAAAAUCAAAUAUUAAACAUGAUACAAUUUUCGGUAACAUUGAUCAAGAAAAAAGAGAAAAAUUAAUCAAUAAAUUUUCAAGUUCAAGAACUACCUUAUUGCUUUCAACUGAUAUCGUUGGUCGUGGAAUUCACAUUGAUGAUAUUCAUUAUGUUAUCAAUUAUGAUUUCCCAAGAAAUCUCGAACAAUAUUGUCAUAGAGUAGGUCGUGCUGGUAGAACUGAUAAAGUACAAGAUCCAAAAGCCUUCAGUUUCCUCACAACAAGUGAUGGUUAUUUAAUUUCAGCUUUUGUCGAUUUCUUAAAAGAUCAAGAUCAAGCACUAUCUGUUCCAUUCUUAAAACAAUGUAAUGAAAAAUUUGGAACAAGUUUCGAAUUUCAAUUAUCAAAAAGAAAAAUUAAAGAAAUAUCAAAGAAAAAAGAAUUUUCGGAAGAGGAAAAGUUAUUAAAGAAAUAUGAUAAAUUAACAAAAAAUAAAAAAUAUAAUGAUAGCGAUGAUAAAGAUAAAAAAAUAAAAUCAAAUAAAAAAGAUAGUGAUAGUGAUAGUGACAGUAGCAGCAGUAGCAGCAGUAGUGAAGAAGAUAGCAACAGUGAUAGCAAUAAAAAAAAUAAAAAUAAAAAAAUAAAAAGAUCAUAA